UUUUUAAAAGAAAACAUAGAAAUAAUUAUAUACAAAUACACCAUCAUAAAAUAAAAUACAAGUCCAAAAAGUAAACAACGGACGAAAGAGAGACAACAGAUAAAAACUAACUCGCUUCUGAUUGGUUGCACAUAUUUGCUCUCGAGACGCUCGUAAAAAAACGAUAAUGGUUUCGUAAAGAGGAAUAAUCUAUAAUUAAAAUGAAGAAUGAUAUCGUCCUGGAUUCACGGAUAAUCUUUAUCCUACCUUAGGAAUGCGAUACGAUAAUUAUGAAAAUGGAGAAUAACGUUUAUAUCAGCUUUGUGUGUCAACGUUGCUUGCAACCUCUAUGUUUGGACCCGACAUUCAGUAAUGUAGGCGAGCACAGAAUUGCCGAAUUGUCGUUACCAUUAUUUUCGCCUCCCGAUGUCGAGUUGGAAUUUCAGAAUACAAAUUUCGACCACUUUAUUCCGGCAUUCAGUUUAACGGAUUCCAGCAAUGGGUCGAACGGGUUCACAAUUCUCGGAGACGCCGAAGCUUCUAAUUUGAGUUAUCAUAUGAAGGUCGCUUCCGGCUUGUUUGAUAUAAUUUCGGGGAACACGGAGAUCAACCAUCCGCUAUGUGAAGAGUGUACGGACGCGUUACUCGACAUAAUGGACCAACACUUUCGAAUGAUCGAGGACGACUGUCUACAUUAUAAGUUAUACCUUGAAAAAUUGAACAAAGAAGGCGAUUACGAUAUACAGACAUUGACCAGAGAAUUGGAAGAGUUAUGCAAAGAAGAAACGAGACUAUCCGAAGAGCUAAAAUCUUGCGAAGAAGAAGAGCGAUGCGUUAAAGAUGAUAUAGCCAAAGCGGAAGCGGAUAAGGAGCAAAUUGAAAACGACGAAGAUCGCUUCUGGAAACAGUAUAAUAAGUAUAGUCGCGAUUUGUUUUGUUUAGAAGACGAAUACAGAAGUACGGAAUAUCAAUUGAAUUACGCGCAAUUCCAUUUGGACCGGUUAAAGAAAACUAACGUUUUCAAUACGACGUUUCACAUUUGGCACAAAGGACAUUUCGGAACGAUUAACAAUUUUCGCCUCGGGCGUCUUCCAUCGGCUCCAGUCGACUGGAGUGAAAUAAAUGCCGCUUGGGGACAGACCACGCUGCUGCUGGUCGCGUUAGCUCGUAAAUCGAAUCUCACCUUUCAAAAGUAUCGUUUGGUACCCUACGGCAGUCAUUCUUACGUCGAGGUUUUGGCCGAUCAUAAGGAAUUACCGCUAUACGGCAGCGGUGGCUUCAGGUUCUUAUUGAAUCCUAAAUUUGAUUCGGCUAUGGUGGCUUUUCUCGAUUGCUUGCAACAGUUUAAAGAAGAAGUUGAGAAAGGCAAAUCUGGCUUCAAUUUACCAUACCGUAUGGAGAAAGGCAAAAUCAAGGAUUCUGGUACCGGCAAGUCGUAUUCGAUAACUAUUCAGUUCAAUUCCGAGGAGCAAUGGACGAAAGCGCUGAAAUUAAUGUUGACUAAUCUCAAGUGGGUUGUCGCGUGGGUUGCUUCUCAGUUUUGCAACGAUUAACGAUCGGCGUUUGGCGAAUUCUGUGAGAUACGAUUGCGGUUUGCAGAUUUGCGGUAUACUCGAGUACUCGUUUAUCAACUAUCUACUAUUUUGUUCAUCUACAAAUAGGUAUAUUUGGCUUUUUUAAAUUUACAACAUUUGAAAUACAUACGAGAGUUUAUAUUUUAACUAUACGUGAAAUGUACAUAUGUAUAAUAUACUAUAUUGUCGUGUCCGAAA